AUGGCAACCUCAGAUCCUUCCAACGCCACGCCUCCCGGCCCUGGUUUUGAUGUCGGCGCUUCCACUGUCGACAAUGCUGUGACCUCCGGCCAGCCGGCGGCCGCGUCCGUCGCUGGUUCAUCGUCAUCUUCCGCCGCGCCCGCCGCCAGCUCCGACCCAUCGGCCCCCGCUCAGAAGCAUUCUUCAUCGCCUCCCGCCAAGACCUUGCCCGUGAGGACAAAGGAGUCUCUUCAGGAAUAUGUCCUCAAUCGCAUCAUGGCGCGGGACAAGAUAGCCCAUGAGGAUUUUGUCAAAACGGAAGAACGAGCUAGGGCGGCAAUGGAUAGGUUACACAGAAAGGUCGAGGAGUAUGAAACAGUGCACGCGCAUAAGAACGAGUUUACACCAAGUCGCUUGUACGGCCAGGGCUACAAUGGCUUUGGAAAUGGCACCACUGACGAUCCCGCCGGUCCGCGAAUCAUCUAUCCCAAAAACAAGCCGAGACCCGGAAAGAGGACAACCGAGCCGCUAAAGUGGCGGAAGAAGGACAUGCGCAAGCAGGCCGAACAACAUGAAGAGCUCGUUCCCAUAAGGAUCGAUGUCGACUACGACAAAGUCAAACUUCGAGACACUUUUACAUGGAACCUUCACGACCGCCUGGUAUCAGUGGACCUCUUUGCGCGCCAGUUGCUGGAAGACCUCGGCCUGACACCACAGAAGGAUCCAACGUUAUAUUCUCCCGUUUUGACGCAGGUUGGCCGCCAGAUCCUCGACCAGCUUGAGGAUUUCUAUCCCAGUGUUUGUUCGGACGAGGAUGCAUUAGACCCUGAGCUGCCAUAUUCGGCAUACAAGAAUGACGAGAUGAGGAUUCUUGUGAAGCUAAACAUCACGAUAGGGCAGGUUACCUUGGUGGACCAGUUCGAAUGGGAAAUCAACAACCCCAUCAAUUCACCCGAGGAAUUUGCGAACAGCAUGUCGCGGGAUUUAUCAUUAUCGGGCGAGUUUGCGACAGCUAUAGCGCACUGCAUACGAGAGCAGAGUCAGCUUUUCACCAAGAGCCUGUACAGCAUAGGCCAUCCGUUCGAUGGUCGUCCGGUGGAGGAUCCUGAUCUGGUCGCUGCUUUCCUGCCAUCUCCGAUUCCAUCUGUCUUCAGACCGCAACAGCAAGCAAAAGAGUAUGCGCCUUACCUUUACGAGCUCACAGACGCCGACUUGGAGCGUAACGAGGUCAUAUUCUCUCGCGAACAACGGAGACAGAAACGCUCAGUCAACCGUCGUGGAGGGCCACAAUUACCAGAUCUCAAAGAACGCCAGCGCACCGUCCGCACGCUCGUCGUAUCCUCAGUGCUGCCCGGUGCCGCCACCAGCGUGGAAGAGAGCAGGCUCUACAAGAGGGUUCCCGCCGGUCCUGGACCCGGAGGGCGCAGGAAGGGAUUGCGGGAUGGUGAUCUGUCAGACUCAGACGACAGCGAAGACUCAGCACCAGAUUCACCAGCCUUGUCCCAGCUGGUUGGCACCGCUCGCACUCGCGGUAUGCGUGGCGCGGCGACCGCGGCACAGCAGAGGAUGGCGAACCUGGGCCGCUCAGAGACGCCGGAGUCGGGCACGAUAUUAUACCAUGAUGCGCGCCCAUCUCGGCGCUUCAACCCGCGUGACGCCAGAGAAUCUACGGAGGAUACCCCAAGUUUGGUUGUGAAACUGACUGUCCCGAGAGAUCGGCUCAAGAGGCUUCUCGACGGCGAGAGGAUCAAACCAUCAAUACCGGUUGGUCUGCAAACACCAGGCAUGCCUCAGCGGACCCCGGGUGCCAUGGGCCCCCCAUCAACGCCAGCGACAUCCUCACAAAACUUGACAGCCACACCUUCGGGUGUACAGUCAUUGCCGCCAGGGCAAUUUGGCCGGCUUCCUGCACCACGGCCACCAAUAGGUGAUCCUGCUCCGACGGCGCCUCCUGUUCCUGACUGGCUCGUGACCAGCCUCCGAGAACUGCAACAAUUGUACCCCAGCGACAUGUUUGAGGGCACAAUGAGGUACUGCGCAGUUAAGGCCGAGACCAACCAGGUAGUAGCCGCGCCGCCCUUGGACCAGCCGGCACCUCCGGAACUUGUUUUCUAUUACCUCCCUCGCAUCCGUUGUCUUGACUGUCCUGGUAAGGUCUAUACCCCGGGUCCAGACACAUCAGUCAUCAACUUUGAGGUGCAUCUUAAAAACCGUGGCCACCGCGAGAAGGUGGACCAACGUGUAGGAAGGCCUACUGCCCCGCGUAAUCCUUCCGCUUCGGCCCCUCGCCCAUCGGCCUCUCAAUCACCUGCUCCCCGGGCGCCCUCGGCAUAG